CGACGACUGCGGCGUAUUCUACAUUUUUACUUCUACGUCGCUAUUUGACUCUUUCACAACGCUUAAUAUCAUAUUAGGUCAUUCGCCAUUUUGCCGUUUUUACUCGCGACUUCGUCGGUCGUCGAGUGACUUAGGAUGACUAGUGUAUACUAAAUGGAUUAAUUGUAAAAUACCAUUUUCCUAAACGUACUAAAAGUGAAUACGAAAAUUGAAAUUCUCGCGAACAUACGUAUACUACUGUUUAAACAAUGUUUUUACGCGUCGUACGUGACUUCUGUCGACGAACGACCACCGUUCUGGGUAGAGAAAAUGUCAAUCGUUUGAUACACGUAGCGGCGCCAUUGGAAAAGAAUAGAGACCGUCGGAGUUUCUUGGCCUCGGUUCCUCGUAAAGACGAAGGUACCGAAGGCGAGAAAUUCGUUUUCAUCGAUUCCACAAUCACCAAGAAAGAAGAUAUGUUCCCUGACAUAAAUACGCCUAAUAUGGUUUUUGGCGGAGUUAAAUUCUCAGAUGUACCUAUUUGUCACAUUAAAUCAUCUAGGAACAACACAAUACUUCAUGUCACUAAAGUUAAUGGUGAAAGGAUAAUGAUAAGGUCCUGUGGUAUGGAAGGAUUUAAAAAUACUAGAAAAGGAACUAAUAUUGCAGCUCAAGCUACAGCAAUUGGUUUAGCCACAAGAGUAUUAGAUUUUGGAAUUCAUACAGUUCGUGUAACAAUUCAAGGAUUAGGACCUGGGAGAAUGUCUUCAAUAAAAGGUUUAACUAUGGGCGGCCUCAAAAUCAUAUCUGUGACUGAUGAUACUCCAAUUUCAUGGAAUCCAUUAAGAUCAAGAAAACAAAGAAAGUUGUAAUUAUAACAUGUGCAAGUAAGUCUGAAAAUAGUUAUCUAUAUUUUGUGAUCAUAAAUAUAAUGUAAAAAAUCUAUCAACAUUAAAUAAAUGUUAUCAAUUUUUAAAAUUAUUUUA